CCUGUGACCACCGGAGCGUGGACGUUACUUUUGGGCGCGCGGACGUCUCGUCGUCGUCGCUCAAAUGGUGUACUGUCCCUUUAAACCGCAGGGCCGCGCAGGAGGCUGGAGCUGCUCUCACUCAGGACCCAUUCAUAAAUAAGACUUCGUCCGCGAGAGAAGCUCACUUAUAGUCGCAUCUGAUUUCCCGUUUUCUUCCACCGACCCGGCGCGAGCAGCGGUCCCGGUGAUGCCUCUCCGGCCGGGGGACGGCGGGUCGGGAGCAGGAGUGACUCCCCAUGGCUGAGCCCCCCCGCUGAUGGUUUCAUGUGCGAGCCGUCAGGAGGCAACUCGAUCCCGCUCACACAGCAGCCCCAAACAUGCUCGCCGCUUCGCGUUUUCUCCGUGCUUCCGCGUAAACGCCACCGAAAAAACGGGCUACCGCUUCCGAAAAACACCGCCGCGGAGCCGACGGGACCUAAUGGAGCAGUGAGUUAUGGCAGCUAAAGAGGACCUGUACGCCAAAGUGACCCCGCGGAGGCAGCGCCAGAACCGGCCCAACACCGUCAAACAUGGGAGCACUCUGGACGUGCUGCUGUCCAUGGGCUUCCCCAAGACCAGGGCCUUGAAAGCUCUUGUUUCCACAGGAGGCAAGAAUGUGCAGGCGGCUUGUGACUGGCUCUUCUCCCACGUGGACGACCCCUUCUUGGACGACCCUCUGCCCAGAGAGUAUGUGUUGUACCUGCGGCCCAGCGGACCGCUGCUCCAGCAGCUCUCACACUUUUGGAAGCAGUCCCGCCUCUCCUGUGGCAAGAACAAGGCGCACAACAUCUUCCCCCACAUCACCCUCUGCCAGUUCUUCAUGUGUGCUGAUGGGAAGGUGGAGGCUCUGACUGAUGCUCUCCAGGCCACUGUGGCCAAGUGGAAAGGUCGCAUCCCCAUGCCCCUGCCCCUGGAGCUAUACACCUCCUCCACCUUCAUCGGACUCUUUGUGGAGGAGCAGAUGGCCGAGGUCCUGAAGAGCUUUGCGGCCGAUUUCGCUACAGAGGCGGCAUCCAAAGCAGACGUUCAUGUCGAGCCUCAUAAGAAACAACUCCACGUCACUUUGGCGUAUCACUUCCAAGCCAGUCACCUUCCAGUUUUGGAGAAAUUGGCCAAAGCCAUGGAUGUGUCCUCGGGCUGUGACUGGCUGGCCGUGCUCUACUCCAGGGACAUUCGGUUUGCCAACCAUGAGACGCUGCAAGUCAUGUACCCGUACGUGCCUCAGAAUGACGACGAGCUGGAGCUGGUGCAGGGCGACUUCAUCUUCAUGUCUCCGGUGGAGCAGACCACUGCCAGUGAGGGCUGGGUGUACGGCACGUCUCUGGGCACGGGGCUGUCCGGCCUCCUGCCGGAGAACUACGUCAGCCGCGCCGACGAGUCCGACACAUGGGUCGUCCACGGGUCGCACUCUUUCCUCAACUCUGCCUCUCCGUCAAACUCCAGCAGCUCUGUGGGCGGGCUGCUGUUUGACGGACAGCUGAAUGACAGUCUGCUGGACAGUCUUAUGGAUCCCCUCAGUCUGCCGGGCCUCUGCCCUUCAUUUCAGGUCUCCAAGUCCGCCAACCAGCCGUCGCUGUCCAGGAUGCGGCUCUUCGUGUGUCGACACGGUGAGAGGAUGGAUGUGGUGUUUGGCAAACACUGGAUCACUCAGUGCUUUGACUCCAAAGGGAGAUACAUCCGCUCUAAUCUCAACAUGCCAUCCAGCCUCCCAGUGAGGAGCGGAGGUCACCGGGACUAUGAUAAAGAUUGUCCGAUAACUGUGUUCGGCUCCACCCAGGCCCGGCUUGUGGGCGAAGCUCUGUUAGAAAGCCACACGACGAUAGACUUUGUUUACUGUUCUCCUUCUCUCCGCUGCAUCCAGACAGCUCAGCACAUUGUGCAGGGUCUCCAGCUGGAAGGAAAGGUGAAGAUUCGUGUGGAGCCUGGGUUAUUUGAAUGGACGAAGUGGGUUUCGGGCACAUGUUUACCUGCCUGGAUCCCCCCGGCUGAUCUGGCUGCAGCGAACCUGAGUGUGGACACAACGUACAGACCUCAUAUUUCCAUUGGCAAGUUGGCGGUGUCGGAGUCGUACGACACGUACAUCAGCAGGAGCUUCCAAGUGACCCGAGAGAUCCUGACAGAGUGCAAAAACCUGGGAAACACGGUCCUGAUCGUGGCCCAUGCUUCCUCUCUGGAGGCUUGCACUCGCCAGAUCCAAGGCCUCACCCCACAAAACUCCAAGGACUUUGUCCAAGUUGUCCGAAAAAUUCCUUACUUGGGUUUUUGUGCCUGUGAAGAAAUGGGAGAGACCGGGGUGUGGCAGCUGGUCGACCCGCCCAUUCUGCCUCUGACACAUGGACCCAAUCACAGUUUCAACUGGAGGGAGAUGCUCACGCAAGACUGAAGGAUGGGCUGUUGUCGUUGGCUCUUGUAUUUUUUUUUGGCAGCCUGAAAUUGCUAAAAGUUAUUUAUUUUUCACCUACACAGCUAUAAAUCCAGCCCAACUACCAAAAAAAAGGUCUGGCUUCCAUCAAAGACAUGCAAAAAAAAACAAACAAAAGACUCAAAUUGAGGCAGACACUUGGCUCAGGAAGGAGAAAGUACAGCUUGUGCGGAGAUCACAACAUACUGAGCUGCAAUUUGUGUCUCUCUCUAAAUGCUGCACCUCUGAGGGCAAAAUGUGGAGGUGCUGCAGGAAUUCCGGACAUCUCUCGAUGACUGAAGUUUCAGGUCUCACGCCACGAGAAGUUGUCUCGUCUCCGUCUGUGGCUCGUCCUCAGGCGGACAGGGAGGCGGCGAGGACUCCGCGUUCUGCCGCCUUCUCUCACACACUGUGACAAGAAUUAGUUGAGAAAGACUUAUAGUACCACAGAAAUAUUUUUCCAUGUGUCAAAAAAAAAGAAAAAAAAGAUUAUUUAACUCGUAGCCACAACCCUCAUAUGAAGGAAAAGCACAAAGAAAAUGUUGACAAUCAGACGGGAGAGAGAUGAUCUUCAUUGUUUCCGGUGCUGAGGUGGGUAGUUCAGUAAGUCUGGUGCGUCCCUGUAAAUGUCAUAUCAGUUCUUUCUUACGUUGACUUGUUUGUGUCCACAUGCAUUAUUCCAGCUCCAUGGAAGCCAUGGUCCUCAGGACUUAUCUUGGGGCGGCGCGUCAUUAUGACGAGCAUAAAUUCUUACCAUAACACACAGGAUGGGGUCGUGUUGGGAGCUUUGAGCAAGAGCAUCGACUAAAACCUUAGCUUGUUAAUCUUGCCCCUAACACACUGUCAGCUUGAUAACCACCUCAUCUCUCAAAUCUCGGCAGUUUUCCUUAAUUCUGACUACGUCAAAUAAUUUAAGUACUUAUUGCAUAUGCUGAAUAUUUGCUUUAUGGAAUAUAAAGGUUUAUUGAUACUCAGAAAAAAAAUGAAUAAAGCAAUUUUGUGGCACUA